CGCGGUCGCGGACGCGACGCGACGUCGAAAGCACGGCCACUUCGGGGACGCCACCCGAGGCCACGCCCCCCAACCCACCACCCUCCUCUUGGCCUCGCUCGCCGCGAAACGCGACGCGACGCGACGCGACGCGAUGAUUUAGGCGAGGAGUCCGGAUCGAUCGCCCGCAAUGCCGGCGCCGGCGGCGACAGCGGCCGCGGGGAUGGGGAGUGGCGGCGGCGGCGGCGGCAGCGGCGAGCACCACAUGCGGGGACACGCGCACCUGACCAACUGCAUCCACCUGCGGCACCACCACGCGCACGGGCUCGGCGCCGGGAGCGCGUCGUCGGGGCGGAGGCGGAGCCCGACGGGGUCGUCCGCGUCGGCGUCGGCCGCGCUGAUGCGGGACCUGCUCGCGCUGCAGCGCUCGCGCUCGCUGCGGGACCCGUCCACCCGCCGCUCGGUGGACUCGUCGUCGAGGGUCGCCGCCGAGCCCCAGGGGGUCGGGCUCGGGCUCGGGGACGACCUCCACGACGACAGCUCCCGCCCCGGCGGCGCGCUCAAGACGCUGCUCGACCAGCUCGCGGAGAACCCGCAGCCCAAGCCGUCUCGCGGCCCGCGGCGCCGGUUCAAGGGCGGCGCGGGCCGGCGCGCCGCUCCCGCGUCCGCCACCGGCGGCGCUCUAGAUCGCGGCGUGGACGGCGCCGCCGCCGUCUCGGUGAACUCCAGCUCGCAGGAGGCCGUCUGCGGCAACAAGUACCUCUUCGGCGUCGUCGGAGGCGACGACGACGACGACGACGAGUGCGGGGUGGAGCUGCAGAGGCCGCAGGCGUCGCAGGACUCGCGCAAUGUGUGCGGCAUCCCCUGGAAUUGGUCACGCAUCCACCACCGCGGCAAAUCCUUCCUCGACAUGGCCGGCCGGAGCUUCUCGUGCGGCCUCUCCGACCCCAAGUCGGCGUCGGCGGCGCGGAGGUCCAUUGCCGCCACCUCCGCAGGCUCGUGCGGUCACAUGGACGGCUCGCGUUCGCAUCCGCAUUUCCCGGUCACGGCGAGGCUGACCUCGACCAGUUCGGACUCAGACUCGUUGCCUCUGCUCGUCGACGGCGUGCGCAAUGGCAUCGGUGGCAUUGCCAGGAGCUUCUCGGGGGAGCUCGGGAUAUUCUCGAAUCAGACCAGUGAGCUUGAUUCUGACCUCGCAUCAGAGGCACGGUCGGGGCAGAGGUCACGGGGCUCGCAUCGAGGCCGGCACCAGAGCCUCACGCAGAAGUAUUCGCCCAAGACUUUCAAGGACAUGAUUGGGCAGAGCUUGGUGGUGCAGGCUCUCUCCAAUGCCAUCCUGAAGAGGAAAAUUGGGUUGGUGUAUGUGUUCUACGGGCCGCACGGCACAGGCAAGACAUCAUGCGCUCGGGUGUUCGCAAAGGCGUUGAAUUGCCAUUCUCCUGAGCACCCGAGGCCCUGUGAUUCAUGUGCGUCUUGUAUCGCACACAAUCUGGGCAAGAGUAGGAGCUUAGUGGAGAUUGGGCCUGUUGGUAACAUUGACCUUGACAGCAUUGUGGAUAUCCUUGAUAAUGUGAUGCUUUCACCUGUACCAACUCAGCACAGGGUGUUUAUAGUAGAUGAUUGCAACACAUUGCCACCUGAUACGUGGAGUGUCAUAUCGAAGGUCAUCGAACGUGCACCUCGGCGUGUGGUUUUUAUCCUCAUCAGCCCCAAUCUUGAUCUCCCACAUAUAAUCGUGUCGAGGUGCCAAAAGUUCUUCUUUCCCAAACUGAAGGAGUGUGACAUUGUCAACACUUUACAGUGGAUUUCUACUAGCGAAGGACUAGAUGUUGAUAGAGAUGCCCUGAAACUUAUUGCUUCCCGGUCAGAUGGGUCACUGAGGGAUGCAGAGAUGACUUUGGAUCAGCUGAGCUUGCUUGGGCAGAGAAUCUCAAUGUCGCUUGUCCAAGAACUUGUCGGCUUGGUUUCUGAUGAUAAAUUGGUUGAUUUGCUUGAUUUGGCACUGUCUGCUGACACUGUGAACACCGUGAAAACUUUAAGAGAUAUUACUGAAACAGGUGUUGAGCCUUUGGCCCUGAUGUCUCAGCUUGCCACAAUAAUUACUGACAUCCUUGCUGGCACCUAUGCAUUCACGCAGGAAAGGGUUCGAAGAAAAUUCUUCAAAUGUCCAACCUUAUCAAAAGAUGACAUGGAAAAACUACGCCAGGCCUUGAAAACACUCUCUGAAGCUGAAAAACAGUUGAGGGUCUCUAAUGAUAAGAUGACGUGGCUUACAGCUGCUCUGCUUCAACUUGCUCCUGAUAAACAAUAUGUUCUGCCGAGUUCAUCCACAAGUGCAAGCUUUAACCAGGGCCUGCUUACCUGCCCUGAGGGGGACAUAGGAAGGAGCACUGCUAUAGAUCACACUAACAUAUAUGCUGGUCCUCAUGGUUUACCAAGAAAUGCUAAUCUGGGGGUUGAUUCUGACAACAACAUGGCAGGCACCCGGAGAGGAAAGGGACCUGGUGAACAUACACCAGACAACCAUGUAUUAUUAGCGCGUGCUACUAGAGUGAAUUUAUCUAGAUACAGAAAAAGUGACAAUGAGAUGAUUUGGCAGGCUGUACUAGAGCAUAUCCGAUCAGAUUCAGUGAGAAAGAUGCUGGCUAAAGAAGCACGACUGAUUUCUGUCAGCCUAGGCACAGCACCAACUGUGCAACUAAUGUUCAGCUCUCGUGUGAAUAAAUCCAAAGCUGAGAGGUCAAGGGAACAAGUUCUACAUGCAUUUGAGUCUGUCCUUGCUUCUGCUAUAACACUUGAAAUCCGGUACGAACCAAAGGAUGAUGCAAGGGCAGGUCAUGUUCCAGCUAUUUCACCGUAUCCUGAGGAUAGCACUUCCAAUGUGGCAUUAAGGAGGUCUUUCACUAGACAUAGUUCCGCUUCUUCCAGAGGUGAAAACUUAAUUAGGAGACUUCAAAAAGACAACGUGGUCCAUGGUGCUAAUUCAAAUCAGACACGAUGGGUGCAAUCAGAUCCACAUAUAUUGACUGAAGGUGAAAUUAUAGAAGUAGGACCUUCUCAAGUGGACUGGCAUAGUGAACCAAAUAACAGCGCCGGUGUCAGAAAAGAAAACAUAGUUCUUCAAGGACGAGAAGUUGUGAAUAAUGAGCAUGGCCGACAAAACAGCAUAGUAAGGGGCAAGGUAUCUCUUGCUCAUGUCAUUAACAAGGCAGAAACUUGUUCACAACAAGGAGGUUGGUCUAGACAAAAAGCUAUGUCGAUUGCAGAGAAGCUAGAGCAAGAGAAUUUGAGAUUGGAGCCUAAGUCGAGUUUACUUUGUUGGAAGGCUUCAAGCACUACUAGACGAAAGCUCUCUGCAUUGAAGAUGAGGACACGAAGAUCACGGGCUCUAUCAAGACUUGCCUUUUGUGGAAAGUGUAUUUCAACUAAGUCUCCAAGAUGAAACAUUGACGCUGAGAACCCCUAGAUUUUACAUGUAGCUAACUUAUAUGCAUAAUUUAUUUCAUGUAACUGUAGCGAUCUGUAGGCGAGUAGAUUCUUCUGUAUAUCGUUUUUUUGACAUGCAUGUAGAAGAGAGAAAAGAAAUGUCACAAGUUUUAAUUAUUCUCCAAGAAAUAUUUGAAGCCAGCGACUCUUGCUCUUAACCAUAUCAAUAAACCCUAUUUGUCCUAUUUCUAA